CACGUGUCAAACGCACCUAGUAUUUUUAUUAUGUAAAAAAAUUCUUUUUUGUUCGUUAAAAAGUAGUUUUUCGUUUUGUAUUAUACUUAGUGAUAAUCGCCAAAAUUUGGAUAUUAAAUUCAAGAAUGACGAUUUGCGCUGCUUCGAAAAAUGCGUAUUUGGGUGUAGAAGAUGACAAGAGAUUGUCUAAUACCAACUUUAUGAUCAAACACUAAAAAUUUCCUAAUCUUCACAGAGCAAUAAGAAGAUUUGGGACUUGUAUAAACACAACAAUUAAGAUUAAAUUUGAAGACCUAUUAACUGAGUAUUUGAAACAUACGUAGGCAAUAGUUUCAAGGCAAACAUGGACAAGAUUGAAACCGCAAAGCAUUUCGUCAAAGUGCAAGAUGAAAGAAAAGGAUUUCAGCCCUCCGAAAGAUGGAGGAUAAUGAAAAAUAUUUUAAUGAUAGGAUUUGCAUUUAUGAUACACUUCACUGCCUUCAUGGGAGCGAGUAACCUUCAAAGUUCAAUUAAUUCUGAUGAAUCCUUAGGAACACUCACGUUAGCUGCUAUUUAUGGAAGUCUCAUCUUUAGUAAUAUUUUCCUUCCUGUAGUCCUCAUCAGUUGGUUAGGAUGCAAGUGGACGAUUUCGCUAACUUUUAUUGCAUACAUGCCUUUUAUUGCUGCUCAGUUCUACCCCAAAUUCUACACAAUGAUUCCUGCAGGAUUAGCAGUUGGGCUCGGUGGUGGGCCACUCUGGUGUGCAAAGUGCACAUAUUUAACGGUCGUAUCUGAAGCUUAUGCCAGUGUCUCAGACUUAAGUGCCGAUAUUCUAGUCACUAGAUUCUUUGGCCUCUUCUUUAUGUUUUACCAAAUGGCUCAAGUCUGGGGAAAUCUUAUUUCAUCUGCAGUUUUGUCGUAUGGAAUAGAAGAAAUACCGCCAGAAAAAGUUUUGAACAGCACAUUAGUUGCAGAAACUUGCGGAGCAAACUUUUGUGGGCUCGUGGAAGCUAAUCCAAAUCUAAAGCUACCAGCACCUGAAAGGAUCUGGUUGAUUUCCGGAAUUUAUUUAGGCUGCAUGGUCAUAGCAUGCCUGAUCGUAGCAUUCGGAGUUGAUUCACUAUCAAGGUACGAUAGAGGCAGAAAAGGCUCAGCCUCAGGAACAUCUGGUUUAAAAUUACUCGCGGUCACCUUGAAAUUGUUGAAAGAGAAGAGUCAGUUAUUAAUUUUACCAAUCAUAAUAUUCAUCGGAGCUGAACAGGCUUUCCUCUUUGCUGACUUUACUGCUUCCUUUGUUUCCUGUGCUUGGGGAAUUAACAAUAUAGGAUAUGUAAUGAUUUGCUUUGGUGUAACAAAUGCCAUUGCAGCAUUGGCCACAGGUUCAGUAAUGAAACUUACCGGAAGAAUCCCAGUAAUGAUUUUUGCCUUUUUCCUGCACAUGGGAAUUUUUGUUGCCCUAAUUUUCUGGAAACCUGGACCGGAACAAGGUCUUAUAUUCUUUAUUAUUUCGGGCCUCUGGGGUGUCUGUGAUGCUAUUUGGCUGGUUCAAGUGAAUGCACUCUGUGGAUUGCUCUUUCCCAACAAAGAAGAGGCCGCUUAUUCAAAUUUCCGACUGUGGGAAGCAACUGGAUCUGUGAUUGCAUAUGCAUACAGCCCUUAUCUCUGCACCGUUAAGAAAAUCUACAUCCUAAUGUUCAUAUUAUGCUUUGGAAUGAUCGGAUACGGCAUUAUCGAAAGAACGGGAAGGGUGAAAAAAGUCAUAAAAAGCGAAAAGCCAGACUUUGAACUUGUAGCUUCUAAUGAAAAAUUUGAUAAAUAG